GGUAAUAAACCUUGAACAUGUAAUACAAUCACAUGGGUCUUUAACUUUUUAGGUUCUAUGACUCUCCUACACCUGCUACGUAAAUUAUAUAUUGGUGGUUUCAUUCUUUCUACAUCAUCUUUUAUACAUUGCGCUCGUUUAGAUAUCUUUGGUUCAUCUACAUUAUAUUUAUUUAUAAUUGCGUCUAAUGCUUCACGAACUCCAAAAGUAGAGGUGAUAUGUACAUAAUUAUCCACAUUUUUAACAAAUAAUUCCAAAAUAUCUAAACUCAAAUUAACAAUCUCAAUAUCGGGUACUUCUAAAACGUAUGCUACAUAUGACAAAACGGUUUUAUCCUAGAAUUAGUAAACUUUCAUUAAGAUAAAAUGUAAAUAAAUUCGAAAAUGUUUCUUACCUUCAAAAUUGUAUCAUGAUUUGCAAAAUCAUUUGCCAAUUUUUUAUACGUUUCGAGAGUAACUUUUAAUUCUUUCGGAUCUAAGGAUUCGUCCACGUCCAUUAUCUAAAAGUGUAAUGUUGAUAUUAGCUUGUUCUUAAUAUCCUACUAAUAAAAGUCUUCAGUAUCAUCACUUAUGAUUAUUCGUUUGAAUUAACAUUGACAAGAAUUAAAAAAAUAAAGGGAUCUUUAAAAAAUCUUUUUAUUUUUUAAACAAUUGCAAACGAAUGCAACACGAGCUUCGUAGUAAUAGAGUACAUUUAUUUCACUAUAUGACAAAUUUCAGAGAACAAGUUUUAAAUCAGUUAUUAGGUUAAAUUUUAUAAGUUUACAAUUAAUUACAUUUAUCAUUAAACGAAAUAAUUUCUUUUCCAAUUCAUUUGCAAUUUUUCGAUAGAUUUUAACUAACAUAAAGAUGACUUCAAUACGAUCUUAAUACAUAACAAACAAUGUAUACUUUGCAUAAUAGCAAGAAAUAUAUUAUUAUUACAGAAGAAUGAAAUAAAGUGCAUACAUUUAAUGUAUGCGUAAAUUCUGUAUAUAGUUACGAGUAAACGUAAGUUGUGUAUACAUAAUCAUGUAUGUGGAUACAUACGUAUAAUACAUAUGUAUAUAUAUAUUUCGAAUAGACGCAUCAGUUUUACCCUACGCAGUAAUAACAGUAACAGUCAUGUUACAACCAGCUGCUUCCAGAUUAUUUCGAUGACGCGCAUAUUGUAGGACAGUAGCGAAGCUAGUGUUUGUACGAUGUACUAAAAUAAGAUGGCUGACACUUACUCUACUAGCUACCAACAGUAUAACACCCGUAUUACCUUUCUAAUGAACUUCUUUCUUAUUUUGCGCAAUCAAAUAUUUUAAACAUUCAAUAGUGUUAACUCAAGUACUGGUAGAAAGAAAUUUAUAUAGUAUACUAUAUCAGAUACAUAUUAAGGAUAAUAGGGAAGUUAACUUAAACAGUACGUAAAGUAACAAAGUAUAUUUGACGUAUUUUCAGAUAUACAUGUACAAGUAAUUAUUCGUAAAGAGCGCUAGUGUAAAGUACAUAUUGAUUGUUAAAACAAUGGAAUACGUACUAAUAAAAGACAUACGACCGGGUCAAAAAAACAUUAAUGUAGUGUUUAUUGUUCUGGAAGUUGGUCAUCCUACUAUCACCAAAGAAAACCGCGAAGUUCGAACGUUUAAAGUGGCAGACAGCACAGCAUGUAUGAAUGUUUCAAUUUGGGACGAACCUGGACAACUUCUAGUACCAGGGGAUAUUGUAAGAUUAACAAAAGGUUACGCAUCUGUUUGGAGACAAUGUUUAACGUUAUAUUCUGGAAAAAAUGGAGACAUACAAAAAAUAGGAGAAUUUUGUAUGGUAAUAAAUGAACAGUUAAACAUGAGUGAACCGAAUCCUGCUUUAGCACAACAAAUGAUUAAUCAAAGUGGAUCUGGUCCACCUGGUAGUAAUGUUAACAAUACCAUUACAAAUAAUGGAAAUGCAAAUAAUAUUGCUGGUCAACCUGGAAGGCAACCAUUGGCAAUUCAAAGUAAUUCAACAACACCUACUAGUGGUACUUCUGGUAGUUCUGCAACAAAGAGUGGGAACAAUAAUAAUAAUAGCACUGGUGGAAAUAGUGGUAAUACCUCAGGACUUCCAGGGGGAUCUGCUAGAUAUUCUGGAGAUUCAACAACAAAAACAACUGUUACAACAAAAACUAAUUCUCGUGGUCGUGGGGGAUAUAGAAAUGGUGGACGUAGCGACCAUUAUUUUUCUCCAAAGUAUGACAAGAUCAUAUAUAAAAUAUCAAAUUGCAAAAGAUGCAGAUGAUACAUCGGAUUAUUUUCUUCAACCUAUUCAAGAAUUUUCAAAUGUAUCCAAAAAAGAAGUAUCUUUUUGGAAAAAAACUUUUCAAAUUAUUGUAUUAAUUCUUUGCUAUUUUGUUUUAUCAGUAGGUUUAACAUUUUAUGUACAGUGGCUCUAUAAUACAUACGUAAGUAAAGAUAUCUAUAAUUUAUAAAAAUUUGUUAUUUGAUUUUGAAUAUGCAUUAAUUUUGUAGGGAUUUCAUUUUCCACUUAUCGUGGUGAUAUGUCAUUUAUUGGUAAAAUUUUUAUUAUCUGCUUUAAUAAGAUGUAUCAGAACAUGUUGGAAGAAACAACAAUUUAA